AUGUUUACUGACUUUGGAGAGAUUCGAGCAGAGAUUGAAUCAGAGACAGACAGGCUCACUGGGACCAAAAAGAACAUUUCUCCAGUACCUAUUCAUCUACAAAUCCACUCUCCUCAUGUGCUGGACUUAACCCUUGUGGAUCUACCUGGCAUCACAAAGGUUCCUGUGGGUGACCAGCCCGCAGAUAUCGAGUACCAAGUCCGAGACAUGGUCAUGCAGUAUAUCUGUAAGGAGAACUGUCUCAUUCUAGCCGUUACCCCUGCCAACACGGAUCUGGCCAACUCUGACGCACUCAAACUAGCCAAAGACGUAGACCCGCAAGGGCAGCGCACAAUAGGUGUAAUCACUAAGUUAGACCUCAUGGAUAAAGGAACUGAUGCUCGGGAAAUCCUUGAAAACAGACUGCUUCCUUUACGCAGAGGUUAUGUCGGGGUGGUGAACCGCAGUCAAAAAGAUAUUGAUGGGAGAAAGGAUAUUAAUGCAGCUCUGCAGGCAGAGAAGAACUUUUUCCGGUCGCAUCCGGCCUAUAGUCACAUGGCUACUAGAAUGGGCACUCCUUAUUUGCAAAAAAUGCUCAAUCAGCAACUGACAAGUCAUAUCCGGGAAAAACUACCAGCUUUCCGUAGUCAUUUACAUAGCCAGCUUUUGUCCUUGAACAGAGAGGCAGAGGAGUACAGGAAAUAUGUCCCUGAUGACCCCACACAGAGGACCAAGACCCUUCUACAGCUUGUUCAGCGUUUGGCUGUUGACUUUGAGAAGCUAAUUGAAGGUUCGGGUGAUAAAGUUGACACAGAAUAUUUAUCAGGAGGGGCCAAGAUUAACAGAAUCUUUCAUGAACAGUUUCCACAUGAACUGGUCAAGUUGGAGUCUGAUGAGAGGGAUCUUCGUCGGGAGAUAAUGUUUGCCAUCAGAAAUAUUCAUGGCGUCAGGACAGGGCUGUUCACUCCUGACUUGGCUUUUGAAGCGAUUGUCAAAAAGCAAAUCUCCAGACUAAGUGAGCCAUGCAUGAAGCUUGUUGACCUGGUCAGUCAAGAGCUUAUUACCAGUCUGUACCAGUGCAUUGAUAAGCUUGCCUCUUUUCCUAAACUACGGAAUGAGACUGAGAAAAUUGUCAACACUGAAAUACAGGAGCAAGAAAAUAAAUGCAGAGAGCAGAUAUUGCUGCUAAUUGAAGUACAACUCGCAUACAUAAACACCAAGCAUGAAGAUUUUGUUGGUUUUACCUGUGCCCAACAAAUGAUCUGCCAAAACAAGGAAAAGAUUGCUGCAAAUUUAAUUGGAAACCAGGGUUUGACCCCCCUCUCAAGUCUAAUAGUGAUACGAAAGGGGUGGCUGACUAUCAACAACAUUGGCAUAAUGAAAGGGGGUGCACGAGAAUACUGGUUUGUCCUCAGUGCAGAGAGCUUGUCCUGGUUCAGAGAUGACGAGGAGAAGGAGAAAAAGUACAUGCUGCCGUUGGACAAUGUGAAAUACAGGGACAUUGAGAAGAGCUUCAUGUCGAGCAAAUUCAGCUUUGCCCUCUUCAAUACAGAGCUAAGGAAUGUGUAUAAAGACUACAGACACCUGGAGCUGGCGUGUGGUUCUCAGGAGGAGUUGGACAGCUGGAGAUCUUCUCUGUUACGGGCCGGAGUCUACCCUGAGAACACCACUGGAAAUGGGACCCCAGACAUCUUCACAGACCCACAGCUGGAGCGGCAGGUGGAAACCAUUCGGAACCUUGUCGAUUCCUACAUGAGCAUCAUCUACAAAACUGUCAGAGACCUCAUGCCAAAGACCAUUAUGCACCUCAUAAUCAACAGUGUGAAAGAGUUCAUCGGCUCAGAGCUGCUGGCCCAGCUCUAUGCUCUGGGAGAAUGCUCCUCUCUGAUGGAGGAGUCAGCGCAGCAGCAGCAGCAUCGAGAGCACGUUCUGCAGACACACGCCGCCCUGAAGGAGGCGCUGUCUGUGAUCGCAGAGAUAUCCACCGCCACCUGCACCACCCCCCUGCCUCCGCCUAUUGACUCCUCCUGGGUUCUCCCACACUGUCCAAAUCAUCAGAGAAAAAAAAGCAGUUGCAGGUCAACUUCCCGCACUCCUGCGCCUAUCCCAACAGCUCCAGGACCCAAAAGUGAAGAUGGCGAUCAUAACCUCAACCGCCAACAGCACCGCUUUACACGAUGUGUCCCAAGGAGGCAACCGCCCGCUGUCCCAAAAGUCAAAUUGUGA